UCUGACCACUUUUAUAAAUCUAAAUUAAUUAAAAAUCUCAAUUUGUCAUUGCAUUCCUGCCGAUAGUUUUUAUAGGAUGUGUUGGUCUAGAAAGUUGAUUUUGACAUUUGCGUGUCAAAUAGGGGAGCAAAGGUAAGCGCAAAUGACCAGGUUCUCAUUCAUAAUGCAAAGAGCAGAAUUCGUGAAGACGUGUUCCCUUAAGAUUUGUAGAGAAUGACCUUGGUAAAUCAUGCCUUAGAUUAUAAAUAUAGCAGGCUGAGGAAGUAAACCUACACUGGUGAAUGAUGAGUUUUCUGGCUCCAGUUGCUGAGAAGGCAAACAAACUGACCUGCUUAUUAUGGUAUUAAACCAAUGAUGGCGUAAUAGACCGGAGGGUUGGGGAUGUGAGUAAUUCAAACCCAUAUACUUGGCAGGAAAGCAACAACAGUUCAGCUAAAGUGAAGUUAUCCUAAAGAUCCUGGUUUAUUGCCUUGUCUGGAUUGCUCGGCUUAAAAGACGAAACAAAAAAUCUGGACCAGGCUUUCCUGCGUCUGUAUUGAUGGAGUUUCAGGUUUUAAGCUGCAAUGUUAAUUCAUCAUCUAUUGAACUGGUUUCUGGUUGUUAUAAUGGUUGUUAGUGGUUCUUGUUACCAGUUUUGAUUAUCUGUCACUACUUCGUUGAAUUUGUUUUACCCAUGCAUAAUCCUGAGUUUGCUAAAGUGUGUAUUUGAGAACUUUAAAUUAAGAGUCAUAAAGUAUCUGUUUCUGUCAUGCCACAUAUUUAAAAUAGCCAACAUCCUGCAGCAUCCCAGAGAAAAGCUAUGCGGAUGAUUGAUUUUGCCUUGGUGUAUUCCUCUUCAGGAUAGCAACAGCAUCUUCAUCAGUUUGCCUUUUUGUUUGGGGGAGUCACCGGGGAAGCCUUGGUAGCACGGCAGGCCAAUCAAUAAAAGGCAAAGAGGCGAAACCACGCCUACUUAGCCAAAAUCUAUCCAAUCGGCGUGUUAUUAAAGUCCAUGGGCGUUACCAUCCCCCACCCACCUUUUUGACACUGCCCUACCAAAGCUGUGUGGCUGAGCGAAGUGGAUGACGUCUCUGAAUUUGCGGGCCGCCGACGCAGGGCUGGGUUUCCAUUUUCAUAGCGAGUUUCGGGGGGGAUCGUCAACAUGGAGCAGGAGAUGGAGGACAAAACGGUGGAACUGGUGUGCUCUGUGCCUCGCUCUCUCUGGCUGGGCUGCUCCUCGGUGGCUGAGAGUUUGUGUGCACUCAGGUGCCUGCAGAGCAUCCCCUCCACCCGGGCUCACAACCAGAACACAUCAGGGAUGGAGUCACAGAACCUUGUGGACGAUCUGUCGCCAAAGAAGAAUACAGUUCUCAAGCUUAGUAACGGUCCUGUUGUGGGAUCUCGUAAACGCCCGUCAGAGGGGAACUAUGAGAAGGAGAAGGAGCAUUGCAUCGCCCUGUUUGACCAGUGGUCGGAGGCCGAGCAGGUGGAGUUUGUUGAGCGCCUGAUUUCCCGUAUGUGCCACUACCAGCACGGCCACAUCAAUUCCUACCUCAAACCAAUGCUGCAGAGGGAUUUCAUUACUGCGCUGCCAGCCCAAGGCUUGGAUCACAUAGCGGAGAACAUCCUGUCUUUCCUGGAUGCACGCUCGCUGUGUGCAGCAGAGCUGGUAUGUAAGGAGUGGCAGAGGGUCAUCUCUGAGGGUAUGCUGUGGAAGAAGCUCAUUGAACGCAUGGUCCGAACUGAUCCGCUUUGGAAAGGCCUGUCCGAGAGACACCAGUGGGAGAAAUAUCUGUUCAAGAACCGCACCUCAGAAAUCCCACCCAACUCCUACUAUCACUCCCUCUAUCCCAAGAUCAUUCAAGAUAUAGAGACUAUUGAGGCUAAUUGGCGAUGUGGCAGACACAACUUGCAGAGGAUUCAGUGUCGCUCAGAAAACAGUAAAGGGGUUUACUGUCUCCAGUACGAUGACGACAAGAUCAUCAGUGGCCUUAGGGACAAUUCCAUCAAGAUCUGGGAUAAACAGACUCUGGAGUGUCUGAAGAUACUGACCGGUCACACAGGCUCAGUAUUGUGUCUCCAGUAUGAUGAGAGAGUCAUUGUGACCGGGUCUUCUGACUCAACUGUCAGGGUGUGGGAGGUAACGACGGGUGAGGUGCUGAACACACUGAUCCACCACAAUGAGGCAGUUCUUCAUCUUCGUUUUGCAAAUGGGUUGAUGGUCACCUGCUCCAAGGACCGUUCAAUUGCAGUCUGGGAUAUGGCCUCGCCUACUGACAUCAGUCUACGCCGCGUCCUGGUGGGACAUCGGGCUGCCGUCAAUGUGGUUGACUUUGACGACAAAUACAUUGUGUCUGCCUCAGGGGACCGCACUAUUAAGGUAUGGAGCACCAGCACCUGUGAGUUUGUUCGUACUCUAAAUGGUCACAAGCGGGGAAUUGCCUGUCUACAAUACAGAGAUCGUUUGGUGGUUAGUGGCUCAUCUGACAACACAAUUCGGUUAUGGGACAUAGAGUGCGGGGCAUGCUUACGAGUGUUGGAAGGUCACGAGGAGUUGGUGCGCUGCAUUCGCUUUGACAACAAAAGGAUUGUCAGUGGCGCCUACGACGGCAAAAUUAAGGUAUGGGACCUGCAGGCAGCCCUGGACCCACGAGCCCCAGCCAGCACAUUAUGUCUGCGCACUCUAGUGGAGCACUCUGGUCGCGUGUUCCGUCUGCAGUUUGAUGAGUUUCAGAUCAUCAGCAGUUCUCACGACGACACCAUUCUGAUAUGGGACUUCCUGAACGUCUCAACCAACGGCCAGUCAGAGGGACGGUCUCCUUCGCGUACCUACACGUAUAUUUCUAGAUAGCAGGUGUCACCAUCAACCGUACCCUUUCUUGGAGGAACCCAGGGCUGAUUGGUUGAUCGGUGCAUCCGUCAUGGAAAGGAGCCCAUCUCUUCUCGUUCCUCCUUGUCAUCUCUCUGUCCAUCUCCCACUCAGACCCCACCACCUCCUCCUCUCUGCCAGUUCUGACAGACUCUAAGCUUGUGCCCAUUGCCUGCCCAGUAAAGCGACAUAUAUACACACACACACAGGUCAACACUGAUGAGGAUUCCCUACUACAAAACCAAUGCAGCGCUCCCAAGAAGCUCACCUUCUACUACUAAUUUAUGUUUUGUAAAGUACACUAAUGACAGUAUUAACUUAGACCCUAUAUAAGUCACAAGCUCCCCCCCCCUUUUUUUUUUUUUUUCCCCUUGAUACAAACUUAAAGCAGCUGCUUCUCCUCAGUUUUCAGUCCCAGCCAAAACUGGUUUCCACUGAUAUGGAAUCGCUUAUAGAUAUAUAUUUAUAAAUAUAUAUUACAUAGACACACACGCGCGCACACACACAGACACACAUAUGUACACGCACAGUGGCACAGUUGGACAGAGGAUGACCGGAGCUGUGAUGCGGGAGACAGAGACUCUUUACUCAGCUCUAGGAAAGAAGGGAAGGAUGGGAGCUGGAGGGAGUGAAGGAGGGAGGGAGAAGUGUUUGGGAUUGCAUCCCUUCCUCCCUUUCACUUUCUCCUAUGUCUCCCUGUCUCUCUCUUUCUCUCCACCCACCCCACCCUUCCUACGCUCCCUCUCCCCAACCUCCAGAGAUGCACACUCGUUUGGAAUAUGGGGGUGCGCGCACAUACACACUCAAAGUUUGCAAGAGUGUGUGUGUGUAUGUGGACUUGUGAAAUGGCAGAACGGAGCAGAAGCGUCACAGACAUGCAUGUGAGGGUGCCUUGGAUACAGCAUCCUGGUACACCUCUGCUCUUUUUUUUUUUUUUUUUUUCUUAAACUCUUCGUUUUUUUAUUACUGUUAUUUUCUAAUUUUAUUUGAGUAUUUUUGGUUCUUAGUACAAAAAAAAUCAUACUAAGCGUAGUCCUUUCUUCCCACCCUCUUGCUCUUUCUCUGUCUUCUUCCUCAUCCUUUCUUCUAAUCUUGACCUCUUGUCCAUCUGUCCCUUUCACACCAUCUUUCUCUCCUUACAUCAUCAUCAUCGUGCUUGCUUUGGUUAUGAGAGAAGCUGGAAUUCAAGAGCUCAAAUUUAGCUGUAAACGGAGUUGUCUUGUCAAAAAUUGUGUUGUAUAUUAAAAAUGAUUUUUUAAAGAAGAAAAUGACCUUAUUGUGAAUAAAGUACUUGACAGUGGUGGAGUGUUGAGCCAACUGUAACAUGAA